AUGACUCUCUGGGAACUACACUGAACAACCAUAAGCCAUCAACAUACUCCCCAGGUGACAAAGGCCCAGGUGGCUUAGGUGCAACCGCAACAAAACGUCCACCUAUUCAUUUCAAUAAUAACUUGGGCACAUCCACUUGGGCUGGGACUACAGGUGGUGGAGCAGGAGCUGGAGUUGGGAGCAUUGGAACCGGGGAGAAGAACAUUCUUAAAGGAAACAGUGGAGCUAAGAAUUGUAGAAACUGUCAAGAUGAUAAGAAAGGCAAAAGUGAUGCAAAGACUGGAUUUGCUGGAGCAGGUUCUGCAAGGUCAGUGUUAGCCCGAAGUAGCUCUGCAUCGGGCACCCACAGCUCUGGAGGGUCUGAAAAACCUGGACUUGGCAGGAGACGAGGCAAGAAAAGGGAUUGUCACUCGCCUUUAGCUGUAGUAUUUCAUCCAGCCAAGCAGCAUGUCACACGUUGGGGUCAGAUAGCUGUGCAGAUAAUCUUUUGGUUCUUCCAUCUGCUCUCUGAUGUCCUUAGUAUGAGUGUUCGUCUCUUUGUGCAUCUGUGCACGUUUAUCUAUGACUGGUUGUGCACAUGGUCAGUCCACUCAUGGGAAAAGUUGAGUGGUACAAUACUGCAAUUCAAAAUUUUAGAAAAAUUAGGCUUUCGUCGUGGCUGGUGGAACAUCUGGAGAAGUCAGAGAAAGUCUUCAUGGGGAGAACACUCAUCAGCAUGUGGUGGGGAUGGAGUCGGUUUUAAGGAUGGCUUUCCACCCGGGUUGGAGAGUAAUAUUUCUUUACCUUCCACUGGUGAGGAAGCCAUGCGAAGGCUUCUGGCAUGCAAAGGGAAGGAUCCUUACAGCAUUCUGGGGGUAACUCCUCAGUGCACAGAUGAUGACAUAAAGAAGUACUAUAAGCGACAGGCUGUCUUAGUUCAUCCAGAUAAAAACAACCAGCCAGGUGCAGAAGAAGCAUUCAAGAUACUUGUUCAUGCUUUUGAACUUAUUGGGGAACCUGAACGACGGGCAGCUUAUAGUAGGAGAGUAGCAGAAACACAGCAAGUAGAACAGGCCUGGACUGAAUUGAGUGACUUAUUAUCACAGCUUCAUAAGAAAAUGGAGUAUGCUGCUAAUACCAUCAGAUGCACUAACUGCAGUAAACGUCACCGUCGCAUUCGUGUGGAUCGACCCUGCUAUGCAGCCAGAUUCUGUGCUCAGUGCAAAAUUCAUCAUAAUGCCAGAGAGGGUGAUAUCUGGGCAGAGAGCUCAAUGUUUGGCUUCUUGUGGCACUACUAUGCCUGUAUGGAUGGUGGAGUGUAUGACAUCACUGAGUGGGCUGCUUGCCAAGCUGACAACCUGCGCCAUUUACGUGCUAACACUCACAUUGUGCAGUAUCGCAUAGUCCUUGGGAAGCAGUCACAGCAGCAGUCCCAAGGAAGGCAUCAUAGUAACAGAACCACACACAGGACUGCUCCAGAUUCCAACAGUGAGCCUGAUUUGGAGAACUUCCUCAAUAACCUGUACAACCAGUCUGGUGGAAGUGGAGCAGGUGCAGGAGAAGGAGGAUACUCUGACCAGGGACGAAAUCGUAGGAAAGGCAAACGCAAAAAGUGAUUACAACUAGUAGGGUAAUUAUUAUGGUAUCACCAGUAAGUAAUUCAGUUACUACUGCAUUGGAACACACAAUUUCAAACUUCAUGCAACUGUAAACCCAUUUUUAGAUUUCUGGGUUCUCCAAUUGUUUAAGACAGUGGUUUUUAAAACAACACUUGAGUUCUGGCUGUGGGCAUGUCCUGUGUGGUAUUGAAUGUGAAAGGAGGUUAAACAUCUCACUUAACAUGUUUCAUUUGAAUCAAUACAUUUGAAAGACACUGCUGCAUGUCUUGAAACCAGAUUUUAAUAUUGUGCAUUGUUUCAGAAUUUGUAGGUUGAUAUGAAUAUGUGUACUACAGACAUUUAGACUGUGAAGUGUAAAUGUAUAGGGUAAAUGUGAAAUUUGUGAUAUGUAGCUGAUACAGUGGAACCUUGCCUAAUGAGCAUAAUUUGUUCCAGAAUCUUAAUCGUAAUGCGAAACAAUUUUUCCCAUAUAAAUUAAUGUAAAGUAUGAUAAUGCUUUCCAUGCCAAAAAAAAAU